CUUCAUGAUUGCAGGGAUGAGGCAGAUGCACUCUAUGCAGACUUGCGCCAGCUGGAAACACUCAUGGCCGAGGAGGACGAAGACAUGCCCUCAGCAGAGCAGCUGCAUCGGGAGAGGUUUAUGAAGGAGUUUCCUCAGGUGAAACAGGACCUUGAGGAACGCAUACGAAAGCUCUAUGCACUUGCAGAUGAGGUGGACAAGGUGCACAGGGACUGUAACAUCUCCAAGGUGGCGGCCUCUUUCACCCGUGUUGUGUCUGGCCUUCUGACCAUCGCUGGCCUGGCUCUGGCACCUGUGACAGCAGGGGCUAGUCUGGUGCUCUCGGCAACUGGGGAGGGUCUGGGGGCAGCAGCUGCUGUGACCCGUGCAACCACCGGCAUCGUGGAGUACUCAAAGAACGCGUCAGCUAAAGCCGAAGCCAAGCGCCUAUUGUCAACCAGCAGCGGCACAGAGAAGGUGGUCAUGGCGGUUGUAAAUCACACCAUACCCCAAAUUGACUCCUUAGCAAACAAGUUCCCCCAAUCCCUGCAAGACAUUGUGAAGAAUGCCAAUGCCUUCAAGGUGGCCAAAUCCAAUCGCAGCUUAGCAGCCGAGGCCGAGAGCUUCUUGGGCAAGGGGACAAUCUCAGUCCAAAGCGGCAAGCUGCUUCAAAAAGCUUUUGGAGACACUGCUCGGGCGAAAGUCAAGAAAGCCAUCCUCGAUGAUUUUGCCACUGCAGGUAUAGCCCUUCUGCAGUCUAUGUUCAACCUUGUGAAGGAGGCAAAGCGCUUGCAUAAGGGGUCAAAGACAAAGUCGGCUGAAGAGUUGAGGCAGCAGGCCCAGGAGCUGGAGAGGAGCCUGGGAGUACUCACUGAUAUUCACAAAAGUCUACAGGAGGCAGAGCUGGAAGACAGGAGGAAGCAGCGC